UAUCGCCCAGCCUCCCCCACGUCCCAAACCGCGCUAGCUAGACGUCUGGGCAGCCCCAGCGCAGCGCGCAGCAGCCUUCCUCCGAUUCCCGCACAGUGCGCUUGUCUGGGCCAGGGCGUCUGGAGCGCUUGCCGGAGGCCACCGCCUCCCAGACCGAGGACAAUUCACCUGGGCGCUCGCCUGAGAUAGCGUCGCUGCCGACGCAGUCGCCGCGCAGACCGCGGGACUCCGUCUGUCUCGGAUUAAUCCCGGAGAGCGAAACCAGACUCUCCUGGGCAGAGAUGCGACCCUCCGGGACCACAGGAACAGCGCUGCUGUUGUUACUGGCCGCGCUCUGCGCCGCAGGUGGGGCCCUGGAGGAAAAGAAAGUUUGCCAAGGCACAAGUAACAGGCUCACCCAACUCGGCACUUUUGAAGAUCACUUUCUGAGUCUGCAGAGGAUGUUCAACAACUGUGAAGUGGUCCUUGGGAACUUGGAAAUUACCUAUGUGCAACGGGGUUACGACCUUUCCUUCUUAAAGACCAUCCAGGAGGUGGCUGGCUAUGUGCUCAUUGCCCUCAACACUGUGGAGAAGAUUCCUCUGGAGAACCUGCAGAUCAUAAGGGGAAACACUCUGUAUGAAAACACCUAUGCCUUAGCUGUCCUGUCCAACUAUGGGACAAACAGAACCGGACUUAGAGACCUGCCCAUGCGGAACUUACAGGAAAUCCUGAUUGGUGCUGUGCGAUUUAGCAACAACCCCAUCCUCUGCAACCUGGAGACUAUCCAGUGGAAGGACAUUGUCCACAAUGACUUUCUGAGCAACAUGUCAAUGGACUUACAGAACCAACCUAGCAGCUGCCAAAAAUGUGAUCCGAGCUGUCCGAACGGAAGUUGUUGGGGAGGAGGAGAAGAGAACUGCCAGAGAUUGACCAAAAUCAUCUGUGCCCAGCAAUGUUCCCGGCGUUGUCGUGGCAGGUCCCCCAGUGACUGCUGCCACAACCAGUGUGCCGCGGGGUGUACAGGACCCCGAGAGAGUGACUGUCUGGUGUGCCACAAAUUCCGAGACGAAGCCACAUGCAAAGACACCUGCCCACCACUGAUGCUGUACAACCCCACCACAUAUCAGAUGGACGUCAACCCUGAGGGAAAGUACAGCUUUGGCGCCACCUGCGUGAAGAAAUGUCCCCGGAACUAUGUGGUAACAGAUCAUGGCUCGUGUGUCCGGGCCUGUGGUCCUGACUACUAUGAAGUGGAAGAAGAUGGUGUCCGCAAGUGUAAAAAGUGUGACGGGCCCUGUCGCAAAGUUUGUAAUGGCAUCGGCAUUGGUGAAUUUAAAGACACACUCUCCAUAAAUGCUACAAACAUCAAACACUUCAAAUACUGCACUUCCAUCAGUGGCGAUCUUCAUAUCCUGCCAGUGGCCUUUAAGGGGGAUACCUUCACACGUACUCCUCCUCUAGACCCACAGGAACUAGAGAUUCUGAAAACCGUAAAGGAAAUAACAGGGUUUUUGCUGAUUCAGGCUUGGCCUGAAAACUGGACUGACCUCCAUGCUUUUGAGAACCUAGAAAUAAUCCGCGGCAGAACAAAGCAACAUGGUCAAUUUUCUCUUGCGGUUGUUGGCCUAAACAUAACAUCAUUGGGAUUGCGUUCCCUCAAGGAAAUAAGUGAUGGAGAUGUGGUCAUUUCAGGAAACCGGAAUUUGUGCUACGCAAAUACGAUAAACUGGAAAAAACUCUUUGGGACUUCCAAUCAGAAAACCAAAAUCAUGAACAACAGAGCCCAGGAUGACUGCAAGGCCACAGGCCACGUCUGUAAUUCUCUGUGCUCCCCGGAAGGCUGCUGGGGCCCUUCGCCCAUGGACUGUGUCUCCUGCCAGAAUGUCAGCAGGGGCAGAGAGUGCGUGGAGAAGUGUAACGUCCUGGAGGGGGAGCCAAGGGAGUUUGUGGAGAAGUCCGAGUGCAUCCAAUGCCAUCCAGAAUGUCUUCCCCAGGACAUGAACAUCACCUGUACAGGCCGGGGACCAGACAACUGCAUCAAAUGUGCCCACUACAUUGACGGCCCACACUGUGUCAAGACCUGCCCAGCUGGGAUCAUGGGGGAGAACAACACCUUAGUUUGGAAGUAUGCAGAUGCCAAUAAUGUCUGCCACCUCUGCCAUCCAAACUGUACCUACGGAUGUGCUGGACCAGGUCUUCAAGGAUGUCCAUCAAGGCCCAAGAUCCCAUCCAUUGCCACUGGGAUUGUGGGUGGCCUCCUAUUCAUAGUGGUUGUGGCCCUUGGGAUUGGCCUGUUCAUGAGAAGGCGCCACAUUGUCCGAAAACGCACACUACGCCGCCUGCUUCAGGAGAGAGAGCUUGUGGAACCUCUCACACCCAGCGGAGAAGCUCCCAACCAAGCCCUCUUAAGGAUCUUAAAGGAAACAGAAUUCAAAAAGAUCAAAGUUCUGGGUUCCGGAGCAUUUGGCACAGUGUAUAAGGGUCUCUGGAUUCCAGAAGGGGAGAAAGUGAAAAUUCCUGUAGCCAUCAAGGAGUUAAGAGAAGCCACAUCUCCAAAAGCCAACAAGGAAAUCCUUGACGAAGCCUACGUGAUGGCCAGUGUGGACAACCCUCAUGUAUGCCGCCUCCUGGGCAUCUGUCUGACCUCCACUGUGCAGCUCAUCACACAGCUGAUGCCCUAUGGAUGCCUCCUGGACUAUGUACGAGAGCACAAGGACAACAUUGGCUCUCAGUACCUACUCAACUGGUGUGUGCAGAUUGCAAAGGGCAUGAACUAUCUGGAAGAUCGGCGCUUGGUACACCGUGAUUUGGCAGCCAGGAAUGUACUGGUGAAGACACCACAGCAUGUCAAGAUCACAGAUUUUGGGCUGGCCAAACUGCUUGGUGCUGAGGAGAAAGAAUACCAUGCGGAGGGAGGCAAAGUGCCUAUCAAGUGGAUGGCUUUGGAAUCAAUUUUACACCGGAUUUAUACACACCAAAGUGAUGUCUGGAGCUAUGGAGUCACUGUGUGGGAACUGAUGACCUUCGGGUCCAAGCCUUAUGAUGGAAUCCCUGCAAGUGAGAUCUCUUCCAUCCUAGAGAAAGGAGAACGCCUUCCACAGCCACCUAUCUGCACCAUUGAUGUCUACAUGAUCAUGGUCAAGUGCUGGAUGAUAGAUGCCGAUAGCCGCCCAAAGUUCCGAGAGUUGAUUGUUGAAUUCUCCAAAAUGGCUCGGGACCCCCAGCGCUACCUAGUUAUCCAGGGGGAUGAAAGGAUGCACCUGCCGAGCCCUACAGACUCCAAUUUUUACCGAGCACUGAUGGAUGAAGAGGACAUGGAAGAUGUGGUUGAUGCUGAUGAGUACCUUAUCCCACAGCAAGGCUUCUUCAACAGCCCAUCCACAUCUCGGACUCCCCUCUUGAGUUCUCUGAGUGCAACCAGCAACAACUCCACUGUGGCUUGCAUCAACAGAAAUGGGCAGAGCUGUCGUAUCAAGGAAGAUGGCUUCUUGCAGCGGUACAGCUCCGACCCCACAGGUGCCUUAACUGAGGACAGCAUAGAUGACACAUUUCUCCCUGUGCCCGAAUAUAUAAACCAGUGUGUCCCCAAAAGGCCAGCAGGCUCUGUGCAGAACCCUGUCUAUCACAAUCAGCCCCUGCAUCCAGCUUCUGGCAGAGACCUGCAUUAUCAAAAUCCCCAUAGCAACGCAGUGGGAAACCCUGAGUAUCUCAACACUGCCCAGCCUAUCUGUGUCAGUGGUGGGUUUGACAGCUCCGCCCUCUGGGCUCCAAAAGGCAGCCACCAAAUGAGCCUGGACAACCCUGACUACCAACAGGACUUCUUUCCCCAGGAAGCCAAGCCAAAUGGCAUCUAUAAGGGUCCCACAGCUGAAAAUGCAGAAUACCUACGGGUAGCACCUCAAAGCAGUGAGUUUAUUGGAGCCUGACAUGGAGGGGCAUCGUACCAGCUACAAAAUUUCCAGACUUUUCAGAAGCCCAGGACCAAUCCAUGGGAGCGCCUCCACUCCUGACAGCCAUGCCCAUCUUGUGCCAAAUGCCAAACCUGCAGACUGGUUUUAAACUGUAACUUCGAUGGGCUUUGUCAUUGUGCCAAGAGGUGGGUCCCUCCCCUGAUGCACUAUGGGAAGGUGAGGUGCGUCUUUUGAUCUUCAAACUGUGAAGAUCCUGCAAAAAACGCACCCAUCAGGAAUGUUACCCAUGGGAACAGAAGUUUACCUCAUUGUGAGGUGCAUGGGAAAAACACAUAUGUAUGGAGAUUUGCCGCAUAGAGACCUUCGGGUUUUUAUUUUCCUUAUAUGAUUAAUUCAUGGGCACUUCCAAGAAGGAAGAAGCUUGCUUGUGGUAUGUAUUACACAGAGUAGGUGGGGACCAACUGUGAUCAGACAGCUGAUUACACCAGCUCUGCUUCAAGACACUUCUGUGGCAAGACAACUGAAUAUACAAGAUGCCCGGCAUGCCCUGAGCAGGCCACACUUGUACAGCAUUAAAUCAUGGCAGGUACAAUAGGAUAAGCCACUUUGUUACUUACUGGGGCUGGAAGAAGGAGGAUGAAGGGGUAGAAUUUUCCCUCAGACUUACUUUUGUAUAAAUAUGUCCCUGGUACUUAAGCUACACUAGUGUUUUCUGACUGUAAGACUUCCUUGUAUGUUUUCUGUUUCAUUGUUUUGAGUUGUAACAUGCUUUCCCAUCUUGAUUUCAUGAAGUCAACAAAAAACAGUAUUAUCAAAGAACAACCAUGAUUGCACAUUUGAACCAUCGGUGUUCUAACCAAAAGCUUUGAAUUAAGGUGUCAAUUCGAAAAUUCGUAGAGGAGUAUAACCCAAACUUUUAGUCAGCAUCAAAUCUGUUGAAGCAUGCAUGUAUCAUGAGACCACAGAAGUGAUGGUGCUCUUCAAAUCCACUUUACCUUCACCCCUCUACACCCUAAAAUUAGUAUAAACCACACAUGGAGAAUAAUGUUUGGGAUUUUCCCCCUCGUUUUUGUAAGUGUUUACUGGAGAUGUAUUUUUCUCUCUGGUAAGCUGCCACCAAAAUUUUCUUGCCCUUUGAGAAACAUUAUCCAGGCUACUAUAUAAUAAAUGACAGCCCAGGUUAAGCUCAUGGUAAGCUUCCAAGGAGAAAGUUAAGAAUCGAGUGGAACUCAAGUGGCAAACAUGCACUGUGAGUUUGACAGUGACAACAAUGCUUCCAUGGAUGCUUUUGGGAAGAAAGUCAUCCCCAAGGAAUCCCACUGCCAUCGGGGCACCCAGCUACUCAUGGUCUCAAUGUUUGCUCUUACUUUCCUCGUCUUUGCAGUCCAAUUAGUUAACAGCUGUCCUUGGUAUUUGAAUGCUCUUGGUAUCUAUUCCUUUCCAUUUAUCAAGGGAUGAAUAGGAAUGAACUUAUAAAUACUAACCAUAAAGGAAAUUGAUGAAGGCCAGAUAAGUCAUAUCAGCCAGGUGCCAAGAGCACAGAGCAGGGAGAACACAUUCUGUGUAAGAUCUAGAAACUUCACACAGGAGAUAACAGUGCCCAUUUUUCUCUGAGAUUAAAAAAAAAAGAUCUUAAACCCCAGGGAAAUGGAAAAUAUGCUACCUUAGAGAAUUCAACCCAGAGAGCAAUGACGGGAGAGCUCUACUAGUAAGUCAGGUGCGAGGCCAACUCAAUCAUAGAGCUACCCCCUCAAGCCUGGGAAUGAAGCUUGAAGUCUCCUCUGAGUUUCCAAACUGUUGUCUACUCCUGGCAAUGUCAGGUUGUCAUCUAGGAAGAUAAAUAGUUAGAAAAUUAAGCAACAUUUCUAGAAUAUGAAAUCCCACGCCAUUGCCAGGAAAUGCCACGUUGGUUACUUAUCUACCAAGAAUGCAGAGGAAGCAUUUAGGCAGGUAUUUGUUCAAAAUGACCCUGUCACUUACUUGUCAGGGACAGGUGAUUGGUGAGGGAAAGAAGUAGAAAGCCAGUCAAAUUGUAGCAAUGAAAUCUUAGUAUUUUUGUACUUUGAAACACUUUUCUUAUAACAAAAUAAAGUAGCAAAAACUAUGGA